AUGGAGCUCUGGAACUCAACUUUGGGAAGUGGAUUCAUCUUGGUGGGGAUUCUGGAUGGCGGUAGCUCUCCUGAACUGCUCUGUGCCACAAUCACAGCCCUGUACUUCUUGGCCCUGACUAGCAAUGGACUGCUGCUCGUGGUCAUCACAAUGGAUGCCCGGCUCCACGUGCCCAUGUACCUCCUGCUUGGGCAGCUCUCUCUCAUGGACCUCCUCCUCACAUCGGUUAUCACUCCCAAGGCUGUCAUGGAUUUUCUUUUGAGAGACAAUACAAUCUCUUUUGGAGGAUGUGCCUUUCAGAUGUUCCUGGAAUUGACAUUGGGUUGUGCAGAGGACCUCCUUCUUGCUUUCAUGGCCUAUGACAGGUAUGUGGCCAUUUGUCAUCCUCUGAGCUACAUGAUCUUCAUGAGGCCAAGGGUCUGCUGGCUCAUAGUGACCACCUCCUGGGUCCUUGCAGCCCUUAUCGCCACAGGAUUGACCAUCUACACUAUGCAAUAUUCAUUCUGCAAAUCACGGCAGAUCAGACACCUGUUCUGUGAGAUCCCUCCCUUGCUGAAGUUGGCCUGUGCAGACACCUCCAAAUAUGAGCUUGCAGUUUAUUUGAUGGGUGUUAUGAUGUUAAUUCUCCCUCUUGCUGUUAUCUUAUCCUCCUAUGCUCGAAUUCUUUUCACAGUGCUCCACAUGCCCUCUAAUGAGGGCAGGAAGAAAGCCCUUGUCACCUGCUCUUCCCACCUGAUUGUGGUUGGGAUGUGGUAUGGUGGUGCUUCAUUCAUGUACGUCCUUCCAAGUUCCUUCCACAGUCCUAAGCAAGACAACAUCCUCUCUGUUUUCUACACAAUUGUCACCCCAGCUCUGAAUCCCCUCAUCUACAGCCUGAGGAAUAAAGAGGUUACUGGGGCUUUAAGGAGAGUCUUGGGAAGACAGUUGUCAACAAAUCCUACCUUCUAG